CCAAUACCAAAUAUAAUUGAGCAGUUACGAACAUUCAAAAUCCGUGGCUUCUCUGACCUCUCCGCCAAUCUUCUUCACUACACUGAGUGAGGUCACGUUUUCUUCACCACCAAACCAAUGAAUCAAAUUCGAAUCCAAAUUUGAACCUCCAAACCCUAGAAUUCGCCAUUUCAAUUUCUUCGAUGGCCACUGCGGCAUUCAAAUCCACCACCAAGAGAACCCCCGUCGGAGCUUCCUCCGCCGAGGACUCCGCCGCCUCCCUCCACCACCGCCGCUCGCGGAGCCUCAGCCGUCCCUCCCGCCCCUCCUUCCCCUCUCGCGGCGACGACGACCACCACCGCACUCCGAGAGGCCGCUUCGUCAACACCGUCCGCGGCUCCGUCUUCCCUGAGAUCAGCCUCGAUGAUCUCGCCAUCGAGUUCUUCGAGUCCGCCAAUCGUGGCCGCUUAGGCUUCGGAACCUCCGAGUCCGAGGCCAGCGCCGGCGCCGGUGCCGCCGCGUCGCAGCGGCGAGGGAGGUCCGUUUCGAGGAAGAGCUCCGGCGUCGGCGAUGACAGAAGGAGCAGUGUUGGCGGCGGCGGGGGAAGGUCGGUCUCCGAUGCGAAUUCGAGAAGGAGGAGAUCGGUUUCGGUGGUUCGGUACCAAGUCAGCGAUUCUGAGAGUGACCUGGAUCAUUCUCAGAAUUCUAGAAGUCGUUCAAAUCUGAAAAAUACUGGUGUUGGGAAUAAGCUAAUGCACAAGCCGGUUGCUUCAGAUCAAAGGCCAGUGCUGAGAAAGUCCCUAAGCCAGAAGGAUUUGAGGUCAUAUGAUGGCUACUCUAGUCAUUCUUCAGUUCUCACUGAUGAUGAAGGAGCAAGUGCUCGCUCUAAUAAAAGUGGAAUUGAUAAACUACGAGCAGUUUAUGCACAGAAGGUGUCACUUACUGACAAGGAUAAAGGAUUGCACAAAGCUAAGCAGAAAGAAUUAAGGCAUAUGGAAACUGCGCAGGCUGUGGUGAAACCAAGGAACUCCACUUCAUCUUCCAGUGAUUGCGUGCUAGCAAACAGUUCUGAUGUUAUUAAGGUUGUUUCUUCAAUCAGAAGGAACUAUGAAACUGAACUGGAACAGUCAGAGAAGCGAAAACAAGACUUAUUAGCUGAAAUGGUGUAUGAGGAGCAGCGAGGCAGGGAACUUUCUAAGAUCGUUAAUGAAUUGAUUCCUGCUAAGGAGGGCAAUCCUGUAAAAAAUCUGCCAAGAGCCAGGAAGAGAAGUAAUGACAGAAGUCGAAUGUCUAUGUGCUUGACUGAGGAGGCUGAGAGAUAUAUUGAGGAUUUUAUUUCAAAUGUUGAAGAUACGGAUAUUUCAUCACUUGAUGGUGAAAGGAGUGAUGCAAGCUCAACCAUUGGAGGACUAAUAAAACCAGAAACAUUUAGUAGUCCUCCAGUGCCUAGAUCUCUUCCUGGUUUGACAGAUGGGGUUACAUUGCCAUGGUUGCAAUGGGAGACAAGUAAUGAUUCUUCUCCUCUGACAAACCUGAAUAAGGCACAUAUGACAACCACUCCAAAAACUGCAAGUUCUACUCAGGAAAUCAUCAGUGUACAAGAUCAAAGUAACAGUUCUAUCAGCAGUCGUGGAAGCUGGAGCCCUGAUUACCUUCAGGAGUAUGUUGGGAAGGAUGUAUACAGUAAAUUUGGAGAAGGUUAUGGUUACCCGUUAUCAGCUAAAUCCAAAGGAUUGAGGUAUGAUAUGGAUGAUUACCUCAAAGUUAAAAGCAAUGAAGAUUUGUUAAUUGAGAGUUGGAAGCAACGGCGGAGAAUUAAUUCAGGCAGUCUCCUAUUGUGUAGCCUAAGAUUAUAUUAGACAUGAUCUGUUUUUGAAGAAUGGCCAUUCCUCCUUCUACCCUGUUACUCAAGGUUUGAGUUCAAGCUUUCUGGAGCGCAAUGUCAGAAAUCAAAGUUACGCAAGGCGAACGACCCAGAACAAAAGAAAAAUUAAAUUUGCUUAAGACAAGACAAACGACCCAGAGGAACACAAGGCUAGAAAUGGAAGUUACAUUUUGUUGCAAUUUUAUUUCCCAUCUAGACUGGAGGGUAAGAAUUUCAGCUGAGGCCAUGGAAAUUUCCCAUUAUCAUUCCCUAUUUCACCUCCAUUUUUAACCGCAAACAAACGGAGUGUUGAAAAAAGUUAGAUGUAUAUUUAAUCCUUGGAAAAGCUUUCUAAUGCAAAGCACUAUAUAGUAUAUAUUGUAGAUUUAGGUGUUUGGAACCAAUUUGUGAUCAUCACAACUCCUUUCGAAAGUGUUUAGUUAUAUGUUUAGUUGA